UGAUCAUGGUCGUCUACAACUACGUCUAGAUCAAUUAACGAUAAUCGGUGCUGUUAACCUGCAACCGUUCUCCAACAUUGCGGCAAUCAUUCAACAACUCUAUAUCCACCAAUAGAUCGAUUGCUGUCCAGGAAUCUUAUAAUUUUGGCCUGCGUGAAUCUGCUCUGUGUAGCUCUCUAUCAAUCGAUCUGGAGCUUCAAUCCACGGCUCUUUGAUAUCACCAUCGAUGGCUUCGAACCGUACUCGCAAAGCGAUCCGGACUUCAUAAGUUAUGGAACAAUGCGAAUGUCCAAGCAAGCCCGGAAACUGCAUGUAAUAGCUGGGAAUUUCUUCAAAAAUUUGGAAAACAGCGAUGAGCUCGAACAUCGUGGAAAUCAUUCAAGAACCUUACUCAUAGUAAUAGUACGAUUGACGGCCAUGAAUCGAAAAGUUUGGACCUGCGUGAUUCUGCUCUGUGUCACAUUCUUUCAUCCGACCUGUGCGGACGAUGCUCGGCCCUAUUUUAUUUCCUAUGAAGAAACCGAACGGUACUCGGAAACUGAUUCUAACUUGCUGAACUAUGGAACGAUGCGUGUUUACCCGAAGUCUCGGAACGUGUUUAUAAUCGGUGGAAACUUCGAAGUCUUCCAGGAUAUGGAUAACAGUUAUAUGACAAAAUACGAAAUUUAUUCCGGUGAUGACGAACAACCAAUGAUGGUCGGUUCCACCGGUAUUUGCGAAGCCUUGAAUAUUGACAAUCGAUUUGUAGACAGACUCCGGAUGAUUUCCAAUCUUCCCGCCGCAGGAACGUGUCCUUUUCCAAAGGGUGCAUACUUCGUCGAUAAUUAUAUACUGGAAGAAAGCCAGCUGCCACCUUCCAUACCGGAGGGAUCGUACAUAUUUGCAGUGAAAUUGUUCAAAGAUUCGGUACUAAAAGCCGGGUAUAAAGUUUAUGUUGCUAUAUAA